GACAUUUGAUCAUUUUUUAGCCCAACCAAACACCAAACUUUGAUUAGAGCUUUGAAGGAGGCUUUAAAUAUUCAAUUUCAUAUCAACUUUCGUUAUCCCUAUAUCAAUGAAGGAAUCAUUGUGAGUGAUGCAUACUAUUAAUCCGUUGAAUGGAUACACACUAGACCAGGACAUGGAAUAACAAGAACAACUUCAAACAAGGACUUCUACUACUACAGAAAGAAGAUGAGUACUGAUACUGAGGACAAUCAAAUUAAUUCCAUUGUUAAAAAACCCAGCAAAGUGGACACCCUUCUGAAUCAUUUGGAAAUUUCUGUAGCCGAGUCUGAAAAACGGGUGAAUGGUUCUCUGAACCUCAGAGAUUUCUACACAGUUUACUUAAUUGAAGUCAAGGCUACUGACCCAGAAUUUCAAACAAAACUAGGCAAGCUCACUUCAGUAUGGAGAAGAUACACAGAAUUUGAACAACUCAGAGACUACCUAGAAGUCACCUAUCCAUACAUUGUCCUGCCACCAUUGCCAGAGAAAAGAGUUUUGUAUGGCUGGCAAAAAAUAUCAAAUGAUACAUUUGAUCCUAACUUUAUUGACCGUAGAAGAGCUGGCCUAGAGAAUUUUCUGUUGAGAAUUGCAGCCCAUCCUUUACUUACCUGGGAUGAACAUUUUCUGGAGUUUCUGCAACAAGAAGAAGGUUGGAGGGAGUCCUACAAAUCCAAUGGUUAUAUCCAAUUGGUAGAAAACAAACUGAAAAGUAUUAGUGUUUCAGUUCGUUUGAAGCAACCAGAACCCAAAUUUGAAGCCUUCAAAGACUAUGGAGGCAACCUUUAUAUGAACCUCAACAACCUGCUGAAAGCUCGUUCUAGAGUAGCUGAAAAACAAUAUAUUAUCCACAAAUUGCAUGCCAACUAUGGCAGAGUUUUCAGCGAGUGGAGUGUCAUAGAAAAAGACAUGGGCGAUGCACUGCAAAAAACAGGCCACUACCUGGACUCCCUCGCCUCCUCCAUAGACGCCAACCUAGAGGACGAAGAACUGCUAGCUGACCAGCUCAAGGAGUACCUCUUUUUCGCCGGCUCGCUGCAGACCGUCUGCAGGCACCACGAGCAGCUGCAGCUGCGCCUGGAGGACGCAGAAGAUACCGUGGCCGGCAGGAACGUGGAGCGCACCAGGGUGCAGCAGGGCAAGACGGGGUUGAUGUCGAAGCUGUUCGGGGCCGUGGACAGCGACGAGGUCAGGGAGUACAAGGUGAACUUGCUGGACCAGCAAAUCCAGGAAGGAGCAAAGACUGUCAGCGAUACUAAGGAAAUCUUGAGUGAUUUCACGGAGAAGGCUUUGAAAGAUAUUGACAGAUUUCAAAUUCAAAAAGCACAAGAUCUCCGAGAUACUCUUGCCAACUACGCCUUCAUUCAACUGAAAACUGCUAAAAAGAAAAAUUGGAAUGAUCGAGGUAUUUAUGGAAAAACAGUCUGUAAACCGAAAACGAAGCACCAUCGGAACUAUAUAUUCAUAGUAUCUUCUUCUUAUCUUGGAGUUUGGCAGAUAAAAACUGGAAAACUCCGUAAAAUAAUGUUCUCUACUCAGUCUACUCUUACAAAAAUAAUAAUCUUGACUCUCCCUACAUUAACCAAUGAAUUUUUUAGUGGUAUUGAUAUUAUACUACGUGUACUUCCAAGCAAUUCAGUAGGAAAGAAUGAGACCCUUUCCGAUGCCAAUUCCUUGAAAUUAGGCUUCGGCAUAUGGAUAACGCUCUGUAUGAUGGUGUGUUUCUGGUUUCUCGGCAAAUUCGCCAAGGGCAGAAGACAGUUCCAAGCUAACCUGCACGUCAUCGAGGACGGCCUGAGGAGGAUGCAGGAAGACAUCGAAACGAAGAGUCAAAAAAGUAUCGGAUACGUGGACGAUGCCGAUGACAUUUCAGAUUUUAUGAGGAAGUUCAAUGAAGCUGGCGAUCAAUGUGAGCAACAAGAGGAAGGAGAAAUGCAGAAAAAACUCACUGGCGAGAUCAAAGAAGAAGAGGAAAAAGCAGGACUGCUGAAUGAAGAUGACAAGAAACAUGUCUGA